AUGGCGGAAAUUGAUCUGCGAUACAGAGUAAGCGGGAUAAGAGAAGGGAGUCGGAGAUUGCGUGGUUACCAUGGAGAAACAGGGCUUGCUGUCGCUGGCGAGUGCUGUAGCUCUUGGUCUGCUACAAUUGAAACCAAAAUAAAGCGGAGGAUCGUGAGUUUGGACUUCGGAGCCGUCGCCUUCUUCGUAGCCUCUGUGAAAUUAAAAUGGAAGAAAGAUGUACCGGGAGGAAGAAGCCUCCUUCCUACUGAUUUUGAAAAUCUUCUCAGAAUUUGGCGGGAAAAACUUGCCCACUCCCUCCAGAGAAAAUCUCUCUCCGUUAUUCCACUGAUCCCUACCCUGUUUGUAUUUGGGCUUCGGAUUGGGCCGGCCUGA